AUGAAGCCUAGAUCAUCCAUCUUCGGCGCUUUCUGCGGUCUCAUAGCUCUUGCAGAGCAGGGAAAUGUCCCUUCAAGAACUGGUCUUGCCGGCCCGGCAUUCCCAGCGCCAAAGUUUCUUCGAGGAAGUCAAUCACUUCACUCGGCAGAAAUCGCUUUUAACAAUUCCAUCGCCAACUCCACCAUCAUCCAAGCCAAUGAGACGGCAUGGGCUAUCGCUGUCUUCUCUGCAGGUGACGAUGAGCCUUUAUAUGAAAGAUAUUUCACCCCGGAAUACGAUAUCGGGGUACCUGAGGUCAACAAAGACUCCGUGUUCCGCCUUGCGAGCGUAUCAAAGGUCUUCAGUGUCUGGUCAUUCCUUGUAGAAGUGGGAGAUGAACAUUUCAACGACCCUAUCACAAAACAUGUCCCUGAGCUUGCCAUGGUUGAUAAUACUUCAAUAACUGGAGUGGUGUACGAUGACAUUGAUCGAGUCCGCUGGGGCGAGGUCACACUUGGGCAGCUUGCUAGUCACUUAGCUGGUAUUCCACGCGAUCCCGCUCAAACAGAUAUGUCGGUCGGGUUGGUCCCUGAUCAGGCCAUAGCACUCGGGCUUCCUCCUCUCAAUGACGAUGAGAUUCCCCAAUGCGGAGUCACAGGCCUGCUUCGCCCAUGCAGCCGUAACGAAAUGAUAUCACAACUGCUGAAGCAGCACCCCAUCUUCCCAACAGGACAUUCCCCAGCCUACACAAAUGUCGCCUAUGCACUUCUCGGCUUUGCUCAGGAAGCUAUCACGGGCACACCCGUCAGCGAAGCCAUUUCCAACAAUAUUCUCUCGGCUCUUAACAUGACAUCCACCACCUUCUCAAGAAAGCCUGAUGUUGGAGGCGUAAUACCAGGCAAUGAAUCGGUCGUCGGCUGGGACCGGGAUAUGGGACCCAUCAGUCCCGCCGGUUCCUUGUACUCCUCGACAGCAGAUAUGGUCAAAGCUGGGCGCGCCAUCCUGGGAUCAAGCACCAUGACGCCAGCGCAGACCCGAAGAUGGCUCCAGCCGAUGAGCCAAACUGGUAUUCUCGGAUCAGCGGUCGGGGCGCCGUGGGAGAUCCGACAUCUUAUGAUCGAUGGACGUCUGACGCAGCUUUACACGAAACAAGGCGAUACGGGCGGCUACCGCUCGGCACUCAUAUUGUCGCCCGAGCAUGAUAUUGGAGCCGUCGUAUUUUCUGCUGGACCAAUCACUUCCAAUUCUGGACCUGUCAGAGAGACAUUGAUGAACGCCGUAGGCAAAGCCUUUCUUCCAAUGGCCGAGACGCAGGCUCGCAUCGAGGCGCAAGACAACUUUGCCGGGUCUUACAUAGACGAGACAACGAACAGUUCCGUGAUAAUCCAGGUUGAUCAAGCUAUCGCAGGCCUGGCGGUGAAACAUCUUUGCUCACAGGGCGUCGAGGUCAUUGGACCAAGCAGCCCAUUUGUUCGAAUCUAUGGCGCCGGAAAGUCUGCUCGACUCUUCCCCACCAACCUGAAGACUAUACGAAAGAAAGAGUAUGAAAAAGGGGCGGUGAAUGAGGUACAGGACCCUGGUUUGAUGCAGUGGACCUCACUAGGGGCACCGACAUAUGGAGCGAUGACGUUGGAUGACUGGGUGUUCGAAAUGAAAGAAGAUGGGAAAGCGAAAUCCGUUAAUGUGAGAAUGCUAAGGUUGAGCAUGCAACGCCAGCCUUAG